AUGUCUGAUUUAUUUGCACCCGCACCUGAACCACCGACCGAGUUGGGUCGUCUUAUGAUCCUCUCCAAAACAGCAGGCAUCAGGGUUUCUCCAUUAAUAUUGGGAGGUAUGUCGAUUGGGGACGCCUGGUCAGGAGUCAUGGGAUCAAUGAGAAAGGAGCGAGCUUUUGAGUUACUUGAUGGUUUUUAUGAGGCAGGUGGAAAUUUCAUUGAUACUGCAAAUAAUUACCAAAAUGAACAAUCAGAGGCUUGGAUCGGUGAAUGGAUUAUUUCAAGAAGAUUGCGUGAUUAA